AUAAAUAAAAUAUUGGGAGUGCAUGGCGAGAGCGCGCAGGAGCACCAAGCGCGCGUGCACAGCUGUCAGGACCAAGGACAGCGACCGCUUAGCCCGGAGCGCCCUGCGACGGAAAGUCGGCGUGAUCGUCCCCCGAGUGGCUCACACGCUUCACGAGGCACUGCAGAUCCCGUGGGCGAGGACGUUUUUCAGCGGAGAAAGAGUCGCGCUGCCGUCCAGAAGCUGCUCGAGCCGAGCCGCCUGCACCAGGGAGAGAAGUGCGCGGGCGGGGGGCUUCAGUUUGACGGUGCUGCUGGCGCAAACGAUGAAGCUCUUUCUGCUGGCGGUGGUCGUCUGGUGCUCGUGCGCGCGGGCCGGCUGCGAACCGAAAAUCGUCAACAUCGGCGCCGUCCUCAGCCAGAAGAGGUACGAGCAGGUCUUCAAGGAUGCCGUCACCCAAGCCAACCAAGUCUAUGGACGGGAUAAAUUUAAGCUCACGGCCAUCUCCGUCACGCAUAAACCCAACGCCAUUCAGAUGGCCCUGUCCGUAUGCGAGGACCUCAUCUCCAGUCAGGUCUACGCCAUCCUGGUGAGUCACCCGCCCCAGUCCAAUGACCACCUGACUCCGACACCUGUCUCCUACACCGCAGGCUUCUACCGCAUCCCCGUGGUGGGGCUCACCACUCGCAUGUCUAUUUACUCAGACAAGAGUAUCCAUCUGUCCUUCCUGAGGACCGUGCCCCCCUACUCGCACCAAGCGCACGUGUGGUUUGACCUGAUGCGCGAGUUCAACUGGAACCACAUCAUCCUGAUCGUGAGCGAUGACCACGAGGGCCGAGCUGCUCAGAAGAGGCUGGAGACGCUCCUGGAGGAGAGAGAAACCAAGAAUAAAAAAAGGAACUAUGAAAACCUCGACCAACUGUCCUAUGACAACAAGCGAGGACCUAAGGCAGAGAAAGUCCUCCAGUUCAGCCAGGAGACUAACUUAACGGCCCUGCUGCUCGAGGCCAAAGAACUGGAGGCCCGAGUCAUCAUCCUUUCCGCCAGCGAGGAAGACGCCGCCGCGGUGUACAAGGCCGCCCGCUUCCUCAACAUGACGGGCUCGGGCUACGUGUGGCUGGUGGGCGAGCGGGAGAUGUCGGGUAAAGCGCUGAGUGAGGCGCCAGACGGUUUGAUCGGCCUGCAGCUCAUCAACGGCAAGAACGAGUCGGCUCAUAUCAAUGACGCGGUGGCGGUUGUGGCCCAGUCGGUCCAAGAGCUCUUUGAGAAGGAAAAUAUCACUGAGCCACCAAGAGGAUGCGUGGGCAACACCAACAUCUGGAAAACGGGACCUCUAUUCAAAAGGGUGCUCAUGUCAUCGAAAUACCCGGAGGGGCUCACAGGACGUGUGGAGUUCAAUGACGACGGAGACAGGAAGUAUGCCCACUACAGCAUUCUCAACUACCAGAAGAGUCGACUCAUUCAAGUGGGCGUUUAUAAUGGGACGCAGGUGGUCAUGAACAAUCAGCGUAAGAUUAUCUGGCCCGGCGGGGAGACGGAAAAACCACAAGGCUUCCAGAUGUCGACUCGAUUGAAGAUAGUGACAAUACACCAGGAGCCAUUUGUUUACGUGAAACCCACAAUGCCGGACGGAACGUGCAAGGAGGAAAUGACAUUAAAUGGAGUCUUAAUUAAAAAGGUUAUCUGCACUGGGCCCAAUGAGACCAUCCCAGGUAACACAUCAGGACGCCCAAUCGUGCCGCAGUGUUGUUAUGGAUUCUGCAUUGAUCUGCUGAUCAAGCUGGCUAUGACCAUGAACUUUACCUACGAGGUUCAUCUGGUGGCUGAUGGGAAAUUCGGAACGCAGGAGCGGGUGAACAACAGUAACAAGAAAGAAUGGAAUGGCAUGAUGGGAGAGCUCCUGGGGGGCCUGGCUGACAUGAUUGUUGCCCCGCUGACGAUAAACAACGAACGAGCCCAGUACAUUGAGUUCUCCAAACCCUUCAAAUAUCAAGGUCUCACGAUUCUCGUGAAAAAGGAAAUCCCUCGCAGUACACUGGACUCGUUCAUGCAGCCGUUUCAAAGUACUCUGUGGCUGCUGGUGGGUCUUUCGGUACAUGUGGUGGCGGUGAUGCUUUACCUACUAGACCGGUUCAGCCCCUUUGGAAGAUUUAAAGUCAACAGUGAAGAAGAAGAGGAAGAUGCCCUCACCUUGUCAUCUGCCAUGUGGUUCUCCUGGGGAGUGCUUCUGAACUCUGGAAUUGGAGAAGGUGCACCACGCAGCUUUUCAGCGAGAAUUCUUGGUAUGGUGUGGGCUGGCUUUGCCAUGAUCAUUGUGGCUUCCUAUACUGCCAACUUGGCUGCUUUCCUGGUGCUGGACCGGCCUGAGGAGCGCAUCACCGGCAUCAAUGACCCAAGGCUCAGAAACCCAUCGGACAAGUUCAUCUACGCCACGGUGAAGCAAAGCUCCGUGGACAUCUACUUCCGGCGGCAGGUGGAGCUUAGCACCAUGUACCGCCACAUGGAAAAGCACAACUAUGAGAGUGCCGCCGAGGCCAUCCAGGCAGUGCGUGACAACAAGCUGCAUGCUUUCAUCUGGGACUCUGCGGUGCUGGAGUUUGAAGCCUCGCAGAAGUGCGACCUGGUGACCACGGGAGAGCUGUUUUUCCGUUCGGGCUUUGGCAUAGGCAUGCGCAAGGACAGCCCCUGGAAACAGAAUGUGUCCCUGGCCAUUCUCAGUUCUCAUGAGAACGGCUUCAUGGAAGACCUAGAUAAAACCUGGGUGAGAUACCAGGAGUGUGACUCGAGGAGCAAUGCCCCAGCCACACUCACCUUUGAAAACAUGGCAGGAGUCUUCAUGCUUGUGGCUGGUGGCAUAGCGGCAGGGAUCUUCCUCAUCUUCAUCGAAAUAGCCUACAAGCGCCAUAAAGACGCCCGCAGGAAGCAGAUGCAGCUCGCCUUUGCGGCCGUUAACGUUUGGAGGAAGAACCUGCAGCCAUCUUCCUCUCUAGAGACUCAGGAUGAUAGAAAAAGUGGUAGAGCAGAGCCCGACCCCAAAAAGAAAGCCUCUUUUAGGUCCAUCAGUACCACCCUGGCCUCCAGCAUCAAGAGACGUAGGUCCUCCAAAGACACGCAGUACCCACCAACUGACAUCACGGGACAACUCAAUUUGUCCGACCCCUCCGUCAGCACCGUGGUGUAGGGAGCAUGACCCCCCCCCCUUGCCCCCCCCCCUCCACCUCCAGAACCCUCACCAUCCCCCACCCCUCCUCCCCGCCCCCCCAGCUGAAGGAAAGAGGAAACAAGAACAGGAAGGUGACACGAGGAGAGCGGUCUCGCGCGUCCUUUCCCCGCCGACCGACGGAGCUUGUGGAGGAGCUGAAGACGUGGCUCAAAACUCUCAACUUGCACCUUUUUGAACAGUCAGGAUUACCUGACCUUUUUCCAGGUAGAUGUUUGUGGGCUCCCCGAGCAUGCACGGAGCCAUCCGAAUCACAUUUACCAUUUUCCCAUAUAUAUACUAUUACUUCGCAUCGUCAUCUUUUCUGUCAUUUAGCCGACUUAGUUACUGACUUAAAUCUUUUGCUGUUGAUUUCCAAUUUUCUUAAUUAAUCUGCCUCAUCGCUUUCUGCCGUGCCGUUUCGUCACAAAUGAAUAAGCCACUUUUAAUACCAGUACUGUAACAUAUCACUUCCAAGUAGAGCCUAUUAAACACUGUAAUAGUUCAUUGGGGGUGAGGGAGGGGGGGAGGGGGGUUGUUUUUGGGGCACAAUCCUGCAAUAUUUACUGUAAGCUUCUUUUGAGGAAUUGUCGGCGUGACCUUUAGACAAAAUAGUUUUGUGUUAUUUAAGUCAUUGGGAAGCACUCCUAAAGAGCCUAAUGAUCAGUACGGUAUCUGAUUAAUCACUAGAGCAUGUGUGUGUGUGUGUGUGUGUGUGUAUGAUCUACUAUUGAAUGCCGCUGGCCAUGUAAUACUCAUGUCAACAGUUAUCGUUGAGAUUCUUUGGAAACGGCGCCUGUCCCCUCGAGUUUUCCACUCAAAAGCCAAAUGCGUGUUGUCCGAUGAUAUGCCGACGACAUUUCUUAAAUUACAAAUCACUGGAGCUUUUUAAACACUUUCGAGAAGAAGAAAAGCAUUUAUUUUGUCGCCUGAGGAAACUGCCAAGUGCUAUUUGUUACGCUGGAAGCCAUGUCACGUUUUGGGACUGCCCUCUGUCUUCCUCUCUCCUGCCGCGGUCUCUCUCUCUUUUCCGGUUUCGAAAGGGUUGCAUCAAAAGGCCGAGUUUUUCAGCCAACCAGCACUCAAUCUUUGGUGGAAAAAAACCUUCCUCGAGGCACAGGUUGUUGCCUGGGGAUUUUUUUUUUUUUUUUUCCACCAAGGAGCCUGAGUGAAUUUGAAGCCUUGCGAAGCUUGCGAGCAAGCGUUGGUUGGAUGCAAAAACGGGCCUUUUCCCAAGUUUCUGGAGCUGAGAAACGACUGCCUUCCCGGUGUUGAGCACCACAUAGCACUUUACGCCUGAGAGGGCGUUUCCAAACUGUAAAAAAAAAAAUUGCUAUGACAUCAAGACGGAUGUUUCUUAAUUAUUCUUACAUCAUUAUGGUUGUCGUUAUUUUGCACUGUUAGACACGAGCGAAAUUGAUUUGACUUCAAAUGAUGUUGAAACAUUUUUGCACAAUCACAUGGUGCCAAACGUGCCGUAUUCCUUUUGAACAAUUUGCUCUGGCCUGCAUGCUGACAUGUUAUUACCGCUGCCAUCGUAUUUCAAUUUUGUUUUUUUUUUUUCAUCUAGACUUGCAUUGUUAUUGUGGAAGCGCUUCGAUCAAAGGAAAUGGAAUUAAUAGCGUUUGUUUUCAAGUGCAUAAGGAUUUGGGGAAACUGUAUAAUAAUAAUAAUAAUACAUUUUAUUUAUAAGCGCCUUUCAAGACACCCAAGGACACUUUACAAUAACAAAAAACACAAAACAAAAAAAAAACGGGUUGAGCAGCGGCAGCCAAAACGCGCCAGCGUUCACUCAACCCCAAGGUCAGAAAGAAACCACAGCGUGCUUGUGUUAUGAUCGCCGCUGAGAAUGUCUUUUACUUAUUCGGUCACAUACACGCAUUGUACUUUACGGGCAUGCACACGAGCUUAGUAUACAGCGGCAUCGCUUUGAUUUCUUAAGGAAUUGAAACAUUUUGUUAACAAGACUGUAAAUAAAAUUGUACUUGCAAGUCCCCAAA